AUGAAUCAAAACAUGAAUACAUCAUCCGAUGACCCAGCCGUUGAAGGAAGCAUUGACUAUUAUAAGAAGAAAGUGGGCGAAUUGGAGAAGGAGCGAGAGGAAAUGCUGAAAAAAGUUACCGAUAUCCAACUUCAAUAUCAAAAGUUUCAUGACCAAGAAUGGGAGCUAAGGCGAAGAGAGGAUGAGAUUGACUCUUUAAAAAAAGCCCUAGCUGAUGCUCAACUUCAUAUAUUUGAUGAGCGAGAACAUUCCAUGCAUUUGCAGCAUCAAAACGAUGCUUUGAAAAUCCAAGAAAUGGAAGAUCGAAAGAAAAUUAGGGAUUUACUUGCUCUCACUCAACCAGUCACUCAGGAAGUCACCUAUUUCAAAGACUGCAGACCAGAUCAAGUCACCAGAUAUAUGUUGAAUACUAAAACAAAUAAGGUGGUAGUAAACGAUCCAAGGAAAGAUAACAAAGAAAUAUGUAUGGAGGAAUAUAUUAAAUCUGGAGGCGAGACGAAAAACACCUCUUCUAAAUUUACGCAAGUUAAACCCAAAGUUUGUUCCAACAACAUUCAAAAUCAACAACAACAGCCCUCAAGAAUAUUACGAACUAUAAUAAUGCCCAAUGAAAAAACGGAUACGUUGCUUCUUCAAGUAGAAUCUCUUCAGACACGGUUGGAAGAACAUGUUAAACUCUCCAAAGAUAAAGAAGAGGCAUUAUUAAAGGAGCGACAAAUAUUAAUGGAAGAGGAAGAGAAACGACGAGAGAGAGACAGACAAACAAUAAUGAAACUUCAAAGAGAUUACGAGGACGCCCACAAAAAACUUCAAGUAAGCAAUAGGGAAUACUUUGUUACUUCACAUAACUUAAAAUUAGAGUUAAGAAAGCAAGGAGAAACGAUAGAUAAGCUCUCACAAGAAAAUGUGUUCCUUAGAAAACAAAUCGAAAAGCUGAAAGAACGUUCGCAAGAGGAAGCUCGCCUCCUUAUAAACAAUGCAAGAGAACAGACAGAAGAAUACGCUCGAUAUUUCAGAGAACAGACGAUCAUGAAAGAAAAUGACAUUAUGCAUUUACAAGACCAGCUGGCAGCAAAGAAGGAAGAGUAUAACCUCAAAAUGAAACAAAUGGAACUGAGCAUGCAUAAACUUCAAAAGAAAUACAAAGAUCUUGCAAAGAGACGAAAUUUGGACAUUGAAGGCUUUAACAACGAUGUUCUGUUACUUCGAAGAAAGCUGAUAUCCUUACAACGCAAAAUAAAGCAAAAAGAAAAAUUGUAA